AUGGCCUUGGUUAGCCUGUCUGGGGCCAUACUCUGCUGGUGGCUCGAUGGGCUGCAACAGAUAUCACUAGUGAGAUAUGCCAUGUCUACAUUCAAGUGGAUCGUGAGUUGCUUCGGCGGGGGUUACGGUCUCGUUUCACAAGGCGUAGCAACAUCACCUUCUGUCAGUCCCGCCAGCGUCUUGCCCACCAAUGAACCGACUCCCACGAUACGGGGAAUCUUCCCACAUGGUCAUGACAUUGAGGUGGGCGCCGGCUUCCUCUCCCGUAUCCCCAUCGACGUACAGAGUACAGUACACCACUACUAUCGAGGACACGUGGCGGACUCGGCCGUCCACGAGGCUUUCUUGGGCGAGAUGCAGGGCGGCGACGACAACGACGGAUGGCCGCUAUCCUGGCAAACGUUCUGGGACAGCGUUGCGACGACGCUCAAAGACAUUGACAGCGCAGACAAGGCCUAUGUUGAACGGGUUGCCGGAUUCGCCUUGAAGGUCUUCAGGCGCAUGUUAAGGCUGCGACGGGAGCUGAUCGAGACACUAACUAGCGAGCUGGAGGCGAUGCGACAACAGCGCGACCGGUCCACCGCUGCGUCCUGGCCGUUCUUGUCAUUGUCGUCGUCGUCGUGGGGGGCCUUGGGGGCGUUAUGGAUUAAGCUGGCCAAUAUUUUGGGAGAUGCGGAUCGAUCGGUGCCGGAGGUAGACCGGGGCCAGGGCCAGGGCCAAACGGCAGAGCCAGGGACACUAUUCCAGUCGUCGUCUUCGUCGUCGUCAUCGUUGGUCAAGGCUGGGCUUGGAGAUGCAACACACCAGCUGCGGUACUACGGCGUCAUUGGAUCAGUACUGUGCUACGAAUCAAGCCAAACAUUAGCAGGCUUCAAGGCCAUGGAACAAGCAGCUACGUGUUUUACGCAUUAG